AUGGCUGCUAUUUUUGCUACGGUCGGCUUGCUGCUUACUCAUGGCGUCACCUCUGCAGCUGUCCAUUCCUCCACCCACAACCACGGGUAUUGCAAAGAAUUGGAUAUCCCAGUGUUCGCUACCUCGGAGGGAGCUGUUUAUGAUAUACCCAGAGUGGACAGCAACAUUGACGCUGUAGCUUGGGCCAUCUAUUCCGAUACCUGGAGCACUCCACAAGGCGCGGCCAGAGUCAUCAAAAACACUACCAUCUCCGACACCUUCAAGAUUCACGCCCAGUUAUGUGUUCCCAAGGUUGCGGGGGGGAAGAGCGAUAUCCUGCACAUUGCUACCCACGGAGUCCAUUAUGAUUCCAGAUACUGGGACCCAACCCUUGAUCGAGAAAAGCAGUCAUAUGUCGAGGCUACGCUAAGAGCCGGGUAUCCCAUUCUCACCUACGACCGUUUGGGAGUUGGUAAAUCAGACAAACCUGAUGCAUAUGAUGUUGUCCAGGCUCCCCUGGAACUCGAGAUUCUCCGCCAGUUGACCCUCAUGGCUCGCAACGGUACUCUGUUCGACUUCGCGGCAAAAACCAUCCCUCCCAGUGCUGCAUUCAACAUGGCCGCAAAACCAGUGAAAAGAGUUGUCCAUGUCGGUCACAGCUUCGGAUCCUUCCUUACCUCUGCAUUCAUCGCCAAACACAGCUCUCUUUCUGAUGGAGCCAUCGUCACGGGCUAUCUAUUGAGCAAGUAUCUCGGAAAUGCAGGCAUGGCAUCUUUCAACGCCCAGUUUGCUCCCACAAGUUCUACCCCUUUCAACCGACCAAGUGGCUACGUCGUGUGUCAAAAGAGCGGUAUCCAAACCAUCUUCUUCGCUGGGGAUACUAAGACCGCUUUCACCAGGGAAAUGCUCGACUACGGCGAUGCUAUCAAGCAGCCUGUUCCGAUCGGAGAGUUCGCAUCCGCAUACCGCAUCAUUGGACUGCCUGGCCCUAACUUCAAGGGGCCUAUUCAAUACAUGCUGCCGGAGUUCGACUUUUACAUUUGUGAUGGUGAUUGCAAGGGCAUUGCGGAUAUGGAGGAGCUGCGGAAGACUUAUCCUCAAGCUGCUGAUAUCGAGGUUGUCAUCCACCCGAACACUGGACAUGCUUUUACUCUGCACAACAAUGCUACUGCUGGCUACCAGCUUACGUACGAUUUCCUGGCCAAGAAUGGACUGUAA